UUGUUUAUGAGUACCCGUGUAUUCGGUUAAUAUUUGUUCAUAAACGGUGUUAUUCAACAUGCCUUCAACGGUGUUUAAGAGGCUUUAGAGAAUACACAAGAGACUAAUGUGAAGUAUAGCUACGCGUAUUCGUGGACUAAGAAGGGAGAUACUCGGGUUAAAAAGACAAAUAUUGAACAGUUGAAAUAACACGAUAAUAUAAUCAUCUGAACCAUUUGUUCAGCAUUAAACCUGCAAUAUAGGAGUUUAAAUUCCGCUCUCUAUUGAUCUGACGGUGGAGUUGGCAAUCAUGGAGAAUGGAAUGUAUGAUGAGCACUUCGCGUCGGACGAGCGGUUCAGUGGCGUCCGGUAUUCCAAACGGAGCGGGGGACGGACCAGUCCAAGUAAUAGUGCCCACGGAAACCUCUUUCGCCACAGUCUAAUGAAGCAGACAGAGGAUAAACGGGCCCGUAAGGUCCGCUUCUACAGAAAUGGGGACCGCUUCUUUAAGGGUAUCGUGUACGCUGUUUCCGCCGAGCGAUUCCGGACGUUCGAAUCACUGAUGGCGGAACUGACGUCAAGCCCGGUGUGUGACAAGAACAUUCUCCCUAACGGUGUCCGUUACAUCUUCUCUGCAGAGUAUGGCCACAAAAUCCGCUCCAUGGACGAACUGGAAGAAGGAGAGAGCUACGUGUGCGCGUCAACGGAUGUGUUCAAAAGCCUGGAUUACACGUGCAUGCAAGGUCCUCACUGGAAUGUGAACAACAAGGCACGGGAAAACGGGCCGUUACUGGGGCGGCCCCAGGGGGCAGAGAGCGAGUUCAAAGACUAUAUUAAACCAAAGUUAGUGACUGUGAUUCGUAAUGGACCAAAGCCCAGGAAGGCCGUCCGGGUGUUGUUAAACAAGAAGACGGCCCAUUCGUUUAACCAGGUCCUUGCUGACAUGACGGAGGCCAUUAAACUGGAUUCUGGGGCUGUCCGGAAAAUUUUUACUUUGGACGGUAGACAGAUUUCCACACUAAAAGAUUUCUUUGGAGAAGAUUCUGUGUUCAUCGCUUACGGUCAAGAAAAACUUUGUCAGGACGACUUUGACCUCGAUGACAGUGAAGUGAAGCUGGUGUCCCCAUACAAAUCAACCAUUUUCACAGAGAGAGUGACUUUGAGGUCACCGAAGACGUCACGUCCGGCAAGCAAGCUGUCCCUCUCCAAUCGAAGUUUGAAUGAAGAUGUCCUGUCUAAGCGGUCACCCACGGGAUCUAGAUCGCCAUUGUCAUCCCCCCGAACAGGCAGGAAACUCCGAGUCGUAUCAGCGCCAAAAUACAGAAAUAGCAACGGUGAAACUCCCGGGGAGUCGGAGAAUGGCCCAGCAGUGCUGAUAGCCAAGUAUGACGUUGGGCGGGUGAUAGGGGAGGGAAACUUCGCCGUGGUUAAAGAAUGCCAAGACAGGGGGACGCGAAAAUUGUAUGCACUGAAGAAAAUUGACAAACGAAGCUGUAAAGGAAAGGAGCAUAUGAUAGAAAACGAGGUGUCGAUAUUAAGGCGGGUGGACCACCCUAACAUUAUCUUAUUGAUUGAGGAGUUUGAUACCAAAGAUAGCCUGUAUCUAGUCAUGGAAUACGUAAAGGGAGGCGACUUAUUUGAUGACUUAGCCCUGUCCACAAAAUACACAGAAAGAAACGCCAGCAAUAUGAUGAACAACUUAGCCCAAGCCCUCAAGUAUCUCCACAACCUACGCAUAGUCCACAGGGACGUCAAGCCAGAGAACCUAUUGAUAAUUGACCACGCAGACGGAUCAAAGUCGCUGAAGCUGGGAGACUUCGGUCUGGCUACCUAUUGUGAGGACCAACUCUUCACUGUGUGCGGUACCCCGACCUACGUGGCCCCGGAAAUUCUUUCUGAAGUCGGAUACGAUUUUAAGGUUGACAUUUGGGCUGCAGGAGUGAUACUGUACAUUCUGUUAUGCGGAUUUCCACCGUUUGCCAGCCCCCACGACGACCAGGAGGAGUUGUUUGAUCAAAUAGCGGAGGGAAGAUACGAGUUCACGAGUCCGUAUUGGGACGACGUGUCGGAAUCAGCGAUGGAACUGAUCAGUUAUAUGUUGAUAGUAGAGCCAGCAGACCGACUGUCGGCUAUGGACGUACUUGAGCACCCCUGGGUCACUGCGGAAACCGUCAGAGAUGAGGAACUGUCUGUAGGAAAGAACAUCAGAAACUUCUCCCGACGGGACAAACCGUCCCGGAGCCGCGCUGGAAUCAGACUGGUAGCGAGCACGCCCUUGGACCACCCUUCACGGUAUUUCCAGGGACGAAGGGCGGGGCUAACUAUUCCCAGACACCAAUCAGCUGAAGAGGACGAGGACGAAAUCUUCUGACGUCAUUAACACUGCAGUAUACAUUGUCAUUGUGGAGCGAAUUCCUUCUGAUGACGUAUUUUAUUCCAGGAGAAUGCCAGUAUUGUCGUAAUUAUGAUGUUAUUUAUUUGAGCUUGCCUCGUUUUGAUGAGUUUAUUGAUGUCACGUGACUUAUAUAUUGAUGGUGCUUUCGUGGGGAUUAUACCACACAGCUUACCGUGAGCAGUAUUUGAUAUUGAUGUACAAUAAAUGAUAAAACAACU